GAGGAAUUUGAAAGAGGUUUGAGAGUUGUUAUUCCUGUUGUACAGGUGCUGUGUGUAAGAAUGAGACAGACAAACAACUACCCGUCUUCCAAAGCCAAAAGGUAUUUUUAGAUUGAAGGCUACCUUACGGAAUAAUUAGAAUAGCUCUCUAUCUUAGCAGAGGUUUAUGAUUAACGUGUAUGACAUUUGUACAUUCUACCAAUGCCUGUUAAUUCCCACACUUGGAUCUUCAAAUUUUCCACUGUGUACUUUUUGUCUGGAGAAAACCUUGGACUAGAGAUAAGACCAUCACCAAAAACGUAUUUCUAGCAGCUCCCGCGUCCAGUCAGCCAGUCUGGGUUUGAGGUCGAAUCGAGACCAUGAAGUGCCUGCUGCUUCUCGCCUUUAUUGGGGUGGCUGUUGCCUUCCCCACCUUUGCUGAAGACGAUGAUGACAAGAUUGUGGGAGGCUACACCUGCGCACAGAACUCCGUGCCCUAUCAGGUGUCCCUGAAUUCUGGAUAUCACUUCUGUGGAGGUUCCCUCAUCAGCAACCAGUGGGUCGUGUCAGCUGCUCACUGCUACAAAUCUCGCAUCCAAGUGCAGCUUGGGAAACACAACCUGGGGCUCACUGAAUCCACACAGCAGUUUAUCAACUCUGCUAAAGUCAUCCGCCACUCUGGCUUCAGUUCCUACACCCUGGACAACGACAUCAUGCUCAUCAAGCUGGCCAGCCCAGCCACGCUCAGCAAAGCUAUCCAGACCAUUCCUCUGCCUACCAGCUGCGUGGCCGCUGGCACCACCUGCCUGAUCUCCGGCUGGGGCAACACUCUCAGCAGUGGCUCUAACUACCCAGACGAGCUGCAGUGCCUGAAGGCUCCCGUCCUCACCGACGAGCAGUGCUCUGAUGCCUACCCUGGGCAAAUUACCAAGAACAUGAUGUGUGUCGGAUACCUGGAGGGAGGAAAAGACUCCUGCCAGGGAGAUUCCGGCGGUCCCGUGGUCUGCAAUGGACAGCUCCAGGGCAUUGUCUCCUGGGGUUAUGGAUGUGCCCAGCGUGGCCUUCCCGGAGUUUACACCAAGGUUUGCAACUACGUCUCCUGGAUCCAGUCCACCAUUGCCUCCAACUGAAAUGCUUGUUUGGCAUGACCUGUAUUUUCUCUUCAUCAUUUCUGUUCUUUUGGGUCUGGACAAGCAAAAAUUAUGAGAAAUUAAUAAAAACU